AAACACAAAACAACACAGAAUAACUCUACUUAUUAUUAUUAUUAUUGUUAUUAUUAUUAUGAAUUAGUCAUUUAACAGACGCUAUGCAAAGCGACGGGGUCGGGUCGGGUCAAUUUGCAUUCUAUUUUAAAAUCCGUUGCCAGUGUGCCACCUGGAAUUCCUGUUUCUCCUCUUCCCUUUCCCAAUUCCACAUCCUUCUCCCUGCAGAUGUCAGGGAGCAUGUGAGGCACAUUGAGAAGGCCGUGUCCGGGAAGGAGCCUCGCUUCGUGCUGCGGGCCCUGAGAGCGCUCCCAUCCACCAGCCGCCGGCUCAACCCUAGCGUGCUGCACAAGGCCGUGUCCGGCUUCUUCACCUCCAACCCAGCGAGCAGGGAGUUCCUGCUGAGCUUCCUCGAGGAGCCGAUGGACACGGAGGGAGAGGUACCGUUCCGCCCCAGGACCGGCAAGGCCACCGUGGCUCCUCUCCUACCGGAGGUGGAGGCUUACCUGCAGCUCCUCCUGGUGGUGUACCUCACCAACAACAAGCGCUAUGCAGAGGCACAGAAGGUCUCUGACGAGCUCCUUCAGAAGAUCAGCUCUCAGAACCGCCGGGCCCUGGACCUGAUAGCGGCCAAAUGCUACUAUUACCACUCGCAGGUCUACGAGUUCCAGAGCAAGCUGGACAUCGUGCGCAGUUUCCUCCAUGGCCGGUUGAGGACGGCCACGCUGCGGCACGACGCGGACAGCCAGGCCACGCUGCUGAACCUGCUGCUGCGGAACUACCUGCAGUACAGCCUGUACGACCAGGCCGAGAAGCUCGUCUCCAAGUCAGUGUUCCCGGAACUGGCCAACAACAAUGAGUGGGCUCGGUACCUCUACUACACCGGUCGUAUCAAGGCGAUCCAGCUGGAGUACUCGGAGGAGCGCAGGACCCUCACUAACGCCCUGAGGAAAGCCCCCCAGCACACGGCCAUGGGGUUCAAACAGACUGUACACAAGCUCCUGAUCGUGGUGGAGUUGCUUCUGGGGGAGAUUCCUGACAGGCUGCAGUUCAGACAGCCGUCUCUCAAGAGAUCUCUCAUGCCAUACUUCCUGCUCACCCAGGCUGUGCGGAUGGGGAACUUGGCCAAGUUCAGCCAGGCCUUGGAGAAGUUUGGGGAGAAGUUCCGGACUGACGGGACAAACACUCUGAUCAUCCGCCUGAGACACAACGUCAUCAAGACAGGAGUCCGGAUGAUCAGCCUGUCCUAUUCCCGGAUCUCUCUCUCCGAUAUCGCACAGAAGCUGCAGCUGGACAGUCCAGAGGACGCCGAAUUCAUCGUGGCCAAGGCAAUCCGAGACGGCGUGAUCGAGGCCAGCAUCAACCACGAGAAGGGCUUCGUGCAAUCCAAAGAGACCAUCGAUAUCUACAGGACGAGGGAGCCCCAGGUCGCCUUCCACCAGAGGAUCUCAUUCUGCCUGGACAUCCACAACAUGUCUGUCAAGGCGAUGCGAUUCCCACCCAAAUCAUACAACAAAGACCUGGAAUCUGCAGAGGAGCGACGGGAGCGGGAGCAGCAGGACCUGGAGUUCGCGAAGGAGAUGGCGGAGGAUGACGACGACAGCUUCCCAUGAUCCUCGGGGGGGACGCCUGCCCGCACGGACGGACCUCUCUUUCUGUCUCCUCCCUUCAGAUCCCUUCUUGGUUAUUGUUGUGUUUUUGUUUUGUUUUUUAAUCUUGUGAAGGGUGUUGCCAGUCAGACUUGUGUGGUCUGUGAGCGCCUCUCUCCUUGAUGAGGGGGACUCUGUGCUGGGACCUAGCAUUGCAGCACAGCUGCUUUAAUUGAUGAGUAAAGUCAGUGAUCUUUAUAGAGUCUAGGCUGCUGAGCAGAGAGGAAGCUUUCCAGAGUUUGAUCCCGUCAUCCACUCAUUUUCUAUAGAUAUGUACACACACGCACGCAAUCUACCAAGAGUGAGUGCAGUCUGCAGAGAAAGAAAGACAUGGAGGUCUGCCUAAUCUUGCAGUUUGCUGUUGAGGGAGGCGAGGACAGUGCUGGGGACAGAUUCUCACUCUGAACACCCUUCCCCUCCAGCGGCGAGGCUCCUGUAUUGAUCGCUCAUCGAUGGUAUUGUGUGACCUGGGAGGGGUUGCACCAUUGUGUCAUUGAACUAUUAAAAAAAAAAAAAAGAUUUAUACUCUGGUUUUAAAAAUUUCAAUUAAUUCUGUUUAUAUAAAUCAAUGCCCCAUAUCUCAUAGUAAACUUAAUUUCUAACCACCUUGUA